AUGCCACCACGACUGGAUCUGUCUGCGUUCGGAGGCUCAGAUUCAGAAGAUGAAAGCUUUCCUCCCAAGCGACAGUUAGAGUUGAAUGCGUUGAAGAGCAAGACUUUCUCUCAUGGUAUAACGAAAAAGACCAAAAAAGAUUUAGAGAGGGAAGCUGAAGAGAAGAAAAAGAAAGAAGAGGAAGAAGCAUUGAGGUUAGUCAAUGUAGAGUACGAAGAAGCGUUCGAAGGACCAAGCUCGGUUCAUGCGCCUUUGGGAGGCACAAGAGGUCCAGCCAGAAGACCUAUGGGUCCCGGAGGAGGAUUCGUGAAAGCUGGAGGUACACCGAUGGAUCUACCUUAUCAACCACCUUUACGAGGUCCAGGCCCAGGUCCGCCGGCUCAUCCAGCACCCAGAGGUCCGGCAGCAAUGGGUUAUUCACGAGUUCAGCCUCUUCCGCAAGCAAGAGCACCUUCACCUCCACCUGCUGGAAUUUCAAAAUCGAGAGGGAAAAGAGCAAUGGAUUCAUUCUUGGAAGAGAUCAAAUAUAAUCAAACUGCAAGAGAGCAACGUCUCGGUCAAAUAGCGAAGCAGGAAGGAUCAUCCGUCUCUGCACUUGCAGCGUGGGAAUCAGAAAAAGGCAGUCAUGUCGUUGGGAACCCCGAGACCACGAAUCUGUUCAUCUCAAAUCUACCCUCGAAUAUCACCGAAGAGAGUCUUGGGCUUUUCUUUGCUAAAUUAGGUCCUGUUGGCACGGUCAAAAUCAUGUGGCCUCGAGGCGAUGAAGACACAUCUAUUGGAGCAUCGAUGACUGUCACUCGACGAAACAAGCCUGGGUUAUCAGGUUUCGUCUCAUACAUGAAACGAGUUCAUGCAGAACGAGCUGUCAAAGAAUACGACGGUCUAGAGUGGGGAGGCUGUAUACUCAGAGUCGGGUGGAGUAAACCUGUUCCAAUGCCACUGAGACCUAUAUACGAUUUAGGAUCCGGUCGAGAUAGUAAAGACAGGAGAGGUCGAUCCCCCUCACCUUCGAAACCUAGAGAGCGCCCGAGAGAUCGGGCACGUGAGAGGGAUUAUGAUGAAUCCAGAAAAAGUAAAGGUAGAUCAAGAUCACCUUCACCUUCUCGUUCGCCAUUACCAUCGAAAUACCAAAAACAAAAACAAAAACGAUCGAGGUCAUACUCAUCGUCAAGAUCACCUUCACCAAGUCGUAACAAAGAUCGUCGACGAUCGUACUCUUCUUAUUCUUCUAGUUCCUCAAGAUCAAUCUCGAGAUCGCCGCCACCAACGAAACGAAAGCCUACUGCAAGAGAAAAAUGGCUAGAGAGCGUAUCGGAAGAUCAGAGGAAAUUCAUAAAAACAGUGGCCGGUAGAGUCAAAGAUCAUGGAAAAGGUUUCGAAGAUCUACUGAGAAAAAAAGAAAGGGACAACUCUAAAUUCUCUUUCCUAUAUAAUGAGGAAUCACCGGAAUAUCACACUUAUCAGCUCAGCAUCGAUUCGAGAUACAGAGUGCCGACUCCACCACCAGAUGAUUUUGCUGACGAGGGGUAUGCUUCUUUGUAUUCGUCUGACUCUGCUGAAGAUUCCGAGAAAGAGCGAGUGGUCCGUGGCAAGUUAGGCAAACUGGCUAGAAAACGAUUUGAAGCCAUGCUGCGGUCCAUGAGCGGGAAAAGAGCUGAGAUUGCUAGAGGAAUGGAAUUCGCUCUGAAGAAGGCAGAAGCUGCUGACGAGGUGGCAGAGAUUGUAUGUCAAAGUGUACGGAUAGAUGCCACCCCUGUCCCCCGAAAAAUGGCAAGGCUUCACUUGAUCUCGGAUAUCUUACAUAACUCGGCAUCGCCUUUACCCAAUGUAUGGAAAUAUCGUCAAGCAUUUGAAAGUAGAUUACCACCUGUUUUCGCUCAUCUAUCAACAGUCUACCAAAGUUUAUUAGCUUAUUCAGGAAAGAUCAGUGCCGACGUAUUCAGAGGUCAAGUGGCGUUAGUGCUUGAUAUCUGGGAAAGAUGGAUCGUAUUCAACUCUGAGACUGCAGAGUAUCUAAGAGGCUUGUUGGACGGCACAAAAUCACUUGUACCUCCCAAAAAUGCCAGAAUCAUAGAAGAAGAGAAACGAAGAGAAGAGGAAGAGCGAAGAGCACAAGAGGCAAAAGAAAAUGAACAGAAAGAAAAAUUCAAAGCUUCAGGAUUCAAGUCCUCAUUCAAACCGAUAGCAGCAGUCCCUUCUGCUCAAGUCCCUGUAAUACCAGUAUCAGAAACGGAUGACUUGGAUGGAGAAGUCAUCGAAGACCUCGACGGAGAAGCCAUGGAGAUGGAUCAAGAUGAGGAUCUGGAUGGAGAACAGAUGGCCGAGGAGGAUUUGGAUGGGGAAGCUAUGUGA